GCCGGUAACAACAAAACCUGUAUUUUGCUGUGUGAUAUCUAGGUUAGGAUUGUUUGGUCAGAAGUUGAAAUUUGAUAAUUAAAUCAAAUUUUGAUUGAUUUCUGAUACAAAUAUAGUAUAAUUUAGUGUAGUUUUGAACAAUAUCCAAUAUUUAAUAAUGAAUAACGCUAUGAAUGGAGCCAAAGAAGAACGAGACUAUUUUCUUUCUGUUCUUUCAACGUUUAAAAAUUACAGAGAAAGAUCUUUGAACUACAUAAAUUACAAGGAGAAGUGCAUUGAAUCUUUACCUCACAAUCAUAAAGAACUUUUAGAAAAGUACAAAGAAGAUUUGAAUACAUAUAAAAAAUGUGUUGAAAAGAAUGCCGAGUUAAUUCCAUUGGUAUUACAACAUGCUCACAAGAUUUUUGAUAACUUUUACUCGAACGAUGAAGGGGAGCAGCCUGAGAAAAUUGGCAGUUUAUCGGAUGACAGGGUCCAAGUUGUUUUUAAACAACUCAUGAGAGACUGGAGUGACUUGGGAGCAAAUGAGAGAAAACAGUGCUAUGACCCAAUCAUAGAAGAAAUCCUGGAAAAUUAUCCAGAAGACAUAAAUGCGCGCGGUCAUUUUAACAUUCUUGUGCCAGGAGCUGGUCUUGGUAGACUUGCAUUUGAGAUUGCCUCAAGAGGUUUCUCUUGUCAGGGCAAUGAGUUCAACUUGUUCAUGCUUGUUGUGUCCUACUAUGUCCUCAAUUUGUGCACAGACGUCGACCAAUACGAGAUAUAUCCAUGGAUUCACCAAUACUGCAAUUAUUUGAAGCCUGACGGACAAAUGACUAGUGUUAAGUUUCCCGAUAUAAAACCAAGUCCAACCCCUGACAGCAAGUUUUCCAUGACUGCAGGUGACUUUUUGGAAGUGUACAUGGACAGUGACGAAUGGCACUGUGUUGCCACUUGUUUUUUUAUUGACUGCGCCCCCAAUGUGGUGCAAUUUGUGGAGAGAAUCUACAUGAUACUCAAACCAGGAGGGUUGUGGGUUAAUUUGGGCCCGUUAAUGUAUCAUUAUUCCGGGAUACACAAUGAGAAAAGCGUCGAACCCAGCUUUGAGAGGUUAUGUGAAAUCAUCAAGAAAAUAGGGUUUGUUAUGGAGAAAUGCAAGACUGGUUUGAAGACGAAAUAUUGUCAAAAUCCCCAAUCCAUGCUCCAGUAUGAGUAUGAUAGUGUUUUCUUUGUAUGCAGAAAACCAAUUGAAGUGAAACCUGAGGAGAGUAUGACCUAAGUACAAAUAUUACAACAAUGCCAGGAUUUUAUUUUGUCUUUUGUCUGUUUUGAGAAUACAUUUUGUUUUUAAUAUUUUAGGAGUUAAAAGUUUUAUUUUAAUUGUCU